AUGUCUUCUUUCUGGACAAACACACCCCCGGACGCCAGGGUCCCCUAUGCAAUCCCACAACUAGAGGGCGAGCGCAUCACCAUUCCCGGCAGCAAGGGCGCAUUCCGCAUCCUCGCCUCCUCCAAACAGACGAAUGGCCUCAUGGCCGUCUUCCAGAGCGGCGCCGUCCUCUCCGACGCCCCGGGCUUCCACUACCACAACCACGCGCACGACGUCUUCCUCGUUACAAAGGGGUACCUGAAGCUAUGGAACGGUGACAAGUGCCGCAUCAUGGGACCGGGGGAUUUUGCCUAUGUUCCUCCGGGAAUCGUCCACAACCCCGAACUCCUCGGCCCGCACACCGAAACCUACGGCCUAAUCACCCCAGGGGACUGGAUCGACUUCUUCCGCUACAUCUCCGAGCCCUAUGAGGGUAUUCUCGUCCCGGAGACCGACAACCGCGAUCUAAAAUCCAUCCUCAUCCCCAAAGUCAUGGCCGCAAAGGGGAAGUUCGACGUCGUCUUCCAACCAAACUAUGUUCCACCCGAGCUAGGCGAGUGGGAUAAGGACGAUGAGCGUCUGCCAGAGGGUCAAGCGCCGUUUUAUCUCCGUGCGAAUACGGGGCCGCGAUGGAUGCUCGGUGGUGUGCUCUCGAGGCCGUUUAUUACGACGGCGCAGAGUAAUGGAGUCUGUGCGAUUUCGAGUAUCGAGUCUUCGAGUGUUUAUGGAGAGGAUUCGGUUUUAUCGAAGGUUAUGACGUUUGCAAAGGUAGACCAUUGUCUCGCGGUUCAGGAGGGGACGCUUGGUGUGCGGUUGGAGGGAAAGGAGGAGGUGACGAUUCGCGAGGGCGAGACGGUGGUUGUCCCUGCUGGACAGGCGUUUUCGCUGCAUUUCCGCAGUCGGUUUGUGCGCGUUUGGUCGUUUACUGAUGGCGAUGGGAUCGAGAGCCUGGUGCAGAGGGCCGGCCAGGCAUUCGAGCCCGUGGUGUUGCCGGAGACUGCGGGAGGGUGGGAUGCGGCAGUUGUUCGGGAUGUGGCGAUGGAUUUGGGCCUGGAAAUCGCGUUGUAA